AAUUGAAGAAAAUGGCUGCAGAAGGUUAUACAUUCGCCAAGUUACCAAAAUGUUAUUUAAUGCCGCAGCUUCAGGAUUGGGUCAUGUACAGGCAGGGUGUUGUUUUCUCGGAAACAGACAAAAAAAAUUUGAUGGAAGAGACCCGUACCAUUUGGGACAUAACAACUAGAAAAAUGCCUAUGGAAAUCGAGAAACCAUCAUUGCAUAUGACGAAACAUCAGUUGAAGAGAUUGACCUUCAACCAAGCCGAGAGAAUCAAGAAAAAGAUUGAAAAGAUCAAAGAGAUAUUCCACAGUGAAGUACGUAAGACACGCGUUUCUUAUGCUCGUAUGAUGUGGAGUACCAUGGAACAUGGAAAAUUUCCUUCUGCGUCAUUCAAAAGAACUUUUUUCACGUAUAUGGCUGGCAAAAAAGCCGAUGGACACGUUUAUAAACCAUGGUUGCCUUCUGAAAUUGUCGGACAAGAUCUUAAUUUUUGUUGCCAAUAAUUGUUGAUUAAUUUACGGUUAUUAGUUGUUCAAUAUAGUUUAGUUAAAUAUUGACAAUAUUUAACUAAACUUUUUAAUAGUAUAUAU